CAUGACGUCAAGGCAAAGAGGCCUGGUUUAGUACCAGAAAGAAGAAGCAAAGAUAACAAUGGCGGAACCAAAAGCGUACCCCAUCGGUGAAUAUGGCCCUCAAUACCAGGACAGAUACCAGAUUGCAAGAGAUUACAGAAACAGAGCGAAUAAGGAAACAGAAGACAAAAAUGAAACAAAGAAAGAUUCACAGGCAUGUCCCUUCAACAUGACUGCAAGGAACUUUCCAAAGAAAAGGAAUCACAUCCGGUCAUCAAUAGCAUCUUAUAAUAGAACAAGGGGAAGUACUUAUGGGGCUAACAAAGCUCUGGAGCUUGUAAGAGCUGCGCUACAACCAUCACUGAAUGCUGAAAUAGAAACAGUCCUAAAGAGUUAUCAAGAGAUGUUUAAAAUGGCAGCCCAUAAUGUCAAAGACAACACAGGAGAGACAGUCACAGAAGAGCAGAUAAAUAGUGUGAUAAGGAAAAGCCUUGAUGAGGCAAAGCUGAUGUUUAGAGUGGAUCCAAGAGGUCAAGCUGAGAAGGUUAGAUAUGAAAGGAAUGAGCGAGGAAACAGCCCAUCCAUUGUGAGAAAAAAACGACCAAGGUUAGAUCCAGAGAGAGAAAGGACAACUCCUGUUUCUAAACCCACAGAGUCAAAAACCAUUGUCGCACAUGAGUGGGACCCAGACAGCAUCACAGAUGACACAGAGUUUGUCAUGGGUGUAAAGGCUAACAAGGCCCUAGGAUUUGCAGCCACUCGGGGAAAGCUGUACUACAGACACCCUCACUUGUUUAAGUAUUCUGGUGAUUCAGAUGAUAAGCAGUGGUUGUAUGAGCAUAAUCUUCUCCCCAUCACUGGUGGAAAGGCUUUUCUCAUGAUUUCAAGUGAAGUCAAGAAUCUUGUGGAAACACAUGAUGAUUACAAGGAUAACGACAACAUCAGCCUUGAUGAUCUCAAGCCCUUUAAAGUGCCCUCUAGUAUGAGAGAGAAGAUGAAAGCUUACAUGAGGAAAAUGAAGCGUGAGGCCCUGAGGCGAAGAGCAGAGCAGAAAGUUGUAAGCUUUGCAGAACGCAUAGACCCCCCGCCGAGCGUCAUCAAAACUGAGCCUGCGUCGGAGGAGUCUGCGGACACCCCACAAGAGUCGGAGAGCGGAGCGGCAAACACAGUUGGGGACCAUCCAGAGACUAAUGCUCUGACGUAAACAGACGCUAUAACGUAGAGAGAAACUCUAUGACGUAAACAGCCGCCAUAACAGACGUACAUAACACUAUGGCAUACACAAACUCCAUGACGUAGACGGUUUUCUGUGUUGUAUAACUCAAGAGUAAUGAAUAUUGUUAAGGAAUACUAUCGAAUGAGAAAGUUGAUUAGCCAUUCAUUUUGUCACGCCUAAGAAACGCCCCAACAGUGGCGGCGGAAAUCUACACGUUGUAAAAUGGAUCUCCUCUGGCGUCGAAGGAGCAUAUAAAGUAUAUCAUAUAUAGCAUAUAAAGUAUAUAUCUUUGCAUUCAUUCGCCAUCAAUCUUAGGAGGACUAAAACACUAUAUAUAAUACAUGUAUCCAAAAAUCCCACAUUUUUACUUUUUUCUAAUUUUGAAUUCUUGCACUUCACAAAGUUUGUUUGUAGUAUGUAUAUUUACACAUUUGUUAAAUCAGUAACAAUACAAAUAUAGAAAUAAAAAUAAAAUGUGACCAGCAA